ACAUGACUACAUGACGUCAUAAGACGGCACCCGUAAGUGGAGUGACCUUCUGUGCGACCGCCACAGCGCGUUCGUGUCUCAUCGCGGAAAGGAGCUACAAAAGAAUCAUUUUAAUUGAUCGCAUAUUCAACUAGACCUGACUAUGGGCGACGUGGCGAAAGGCAAGAAGGCGUUUGUGCAGAAGUGCGCACAGUGCCACACCGUCGAGGAGGGGGGCAAGCACAAGGUGGGGCCCAACCUGUGGGGUCUGUUCGGCCGCAAGACGGGCCAGGCGGACGGAUACUCGUACACCGACGCUAACAAGAGCAAAGGAAUCGUGUGGGGUGAGGACACGUUGAUGGUUUACCUGGAGAACCCCAAGAAGUACAUCCCAGGCACCAAGAUGAUCUUCGCCGGCAUCAAGAAGAAGGGCGAGCGCCAGGACCUGAUUGCGUACCUCAAAUCGGCAACAUCAUGAAGGCGGCGUGCGCUUAUUUAACGUUUUAGUUUGUGUUUUAUUUGAUGCAGCUUUCAAGUCAUAGCCCCCCCCUCCCAACCCCCUCGCAAAAAAAAAAAAGUCACGUGUUGAGUCAUUUGUACAGAUGCUGAUGAGAGAGCGCGAGACGCACGUGGGACGACUUCUCGGUUCUGGUUGUUUGGAUUUCAAAUGAAUGUCCUGUUAUUGUAUAGCCCCCCCCUCCUCUUCUUCACUAAGGUCCCAAAAAAUUCAAAGUGAGUCGCAUUGAAUGGGAGGGAGCCCCCCCCCCCCCAAAACAAAAUGUCCGUAUGCAUGCACGCCGGCUGAAGGAAGGAGGCGGCUUUUGUUAUUUACCUGGUUUCACAGGCCCGACAGAGUCUUUUAAAUUAUUUCACCGCCACUUCACGUGACCGUCUGUCUGGCUGUCUGUCAAAUGUCGAUAAGGGGGGGCUGCAACGAAAUACUGUCUGAACAUGGAAGUCGUCAGAAUUAUGAGGCGGCCAACCGGGUGGCUGAAGGAUUAUCUAUUAAACGCAAAAAGAAAACGUCCACCAAUGAAAA